AUCUCGUUUCUAUACAUUGCUGGCAUUGAGUUGAGAAACGAAUAUUACCGGCAUUAUUGAGUUCUGAAUAAUUGGUGUUUCAUUAAUCGUUCGUCAUCAACGUUUAGAAAAGGAAAUGGCCGAAACAGAAGAGUUGGGGCUUAGUACAGAAGAUCAGCUAGAAGCCUUAGAUUCGCUAGAAAAUGGCCAAGAAGUUGAGGUUGCUGAGGGCGGAGGAGGAGCAGGAGGGGGAGGCGGAGGAGACUUGUCUGUAGGGCCAAAUGCAGUGGAUGACCCUGAGUUGGAGGCAAUAAAGGCAAGAGUUCGGGAAAUGGAAGAAGAGGCUGAGAAAUUAAAGCAGUUACAAUCUGAAGUUGAUAAACAGAUGAACCUUGGCAGUCCGCCAGGAAUAACUAGUCCAUUGAAUAUGUCUACAGAAGAAAAAAUGGAAGUUGAUAAUCGAUCUAUUUAUGUUGGCAAUGUUGACUAUGGAGCAACUGCAGAAGAACUGGAACAACAUUUCCAUGGUUGUGGUUCAAUAAAUCGAGUUACAAUCCUUUGUAACAAGUUUGAUGGUCAUCCCAAAGGCUUUGCCUACAUAGAAUUUACAGAAAGAGAUUCUGUGCAGACAGCUAUGGCCAUGGAUGAAUCACUUUUUAGAGGACGACAAAUAAAAGUAAUGCCAAAACGUACAAACCGUCCUGGGAUGAGCAUGACCAAUCGGCCACCACGGGGAAGGGGGUAUCGUGGAGGAAGAAGUAGAGGGUCAUCAUAUUAUGGAUAUAGACCAACAAGAAGACCAAGAGGUUAUCGUGGAAGGUCAUCAUACUACAUGCCAUACUGAGCCUACCAGUGUGACCAGGGAUGAGCAUUUUGAAAUCUUUCACUGCAGAUUUCUUCAAGUGUCAUAAAUUCAUGAAGCAACUAAGUUGACGGAAACCUGUAGUCACUGUAUGUAUUUCUUUGUGUUUAUACCCUCAUCCCUUACACCUCAAAGAACAAAUUUUAGCAUUGGGAGAAUGCAUGUGUGAGUGGAAGUUAGAAAUGCAAGCAUUCACAAGGUUGUUUUUGCAAAUAAUAGAUUACUCUUAGAGCUCCUAAUGUUUGUGUGUGUGUGUGAAUGAAAUGUAGUAUGUAUGCACUGUUAAUACAUGUUGGUACAAUAGUGGGAUUCCGAAACUGGCAACGUUCACAAUUUAUGACACAUUAGCAAGUGUUCAUGUGAAGAAAAUAUUUAACAAAACUGCAGUGAUGUAUGAUUAAAUGACAGGAUCAGCAAACUGAUAAUACAGAAUGCAUAAGACAAGUUUUUCUUUUUUAUUGUAUAGGGCAUGCUAUAAUUCCUUAAUUUUUGCUUCAGUGUCAUUGAUCAGUAAAAUUAUUCUGCAAUGCCCACAAAAUAAAAUCGCUGCUUCUUUCCACAAGAACACAUUGUGACAAACAAGACAGUGCUAAAUGCAGGGACUGUAACACAGGAAAUGGAAUCAUAUUUCAUAAUGUUAAUCACAGCAAUGUGAUCAGCGUAGAAGUUUGUGGAGAUUUAUCGAAAAAUCGUAAUGAGAUAUAUUUAUGGAUUGGAUAUGCAGAAUAAACUGUGUGAUGUUAACCACUAUCUCUGUGAUUUAUGUUCACACCUAAUACACAUUGUGUGAAUGAUGUAUUAAUGUGGCAAUAUUUUGGGUAUUUUCUGACAUUUGAGUGUAAUUAAUUUGACUGACUGUGGCUGAAUUUCAACUUAGUUCUUUUUCCCCCACUGGGUAUGUUUUUUGUUUCAAUACAAAGUAUUUACUGAUUUGCUGGGAUUGGUUAGAUACUGAAUGUAGCAGGUACUGCAUUGUUUUGGAGCACUUCUUUGUGUAAUUCCGUCAGUAAGCUCUUUUAGCUUUCACUUGUUUGUCAUUAUUUAUAUGAAGAAAAUAUGGUAUUUUUAAAUAUCAAUGUAAAUUCUUGUUCAAUAUACUGGUCUAGAGAAAUGCAGAACGUGUCUGAAGUACAUAGAAGCAAUCAAAGUUUACUGCAGGUCAUGUGGUUUGAGACAGGUGGUUGUAGAGAUGUGGUUAGUAAAAAAAAAAGAUUUAUUUCAUAAGUAAAGAAUAUAAGAUUAAAUUUCAAUUUCAGAUACUAAUGACAAUGUACAGCUGAGAUAAUUAUUGUGGGAACCUAUGUUUUUAAGUUACGGUAAAUAUACCGGUACAUUUUUAUUUUCUAGUGCUGUAAUUACACCAUAUUGCUUGUUAUUUACCACCUGUGUUUUCAGUCUACAGUGUCAUUAACAUUUUGGUGUUUGGAUAACAGUUUUGUACAUUUUACAAAUUGUAGGUGUCCACAAUGAUCUUAUGCAUUUGUAUGUUUUCAUAAGUGUUUGCGGAUGUAGUUUUUCUUGUAUAAGAAAGUAUUAUCUGAUAUACAACUACAAUCAGAUGAGAUUAUUUUUUUUUGUGUAUGUUGGUAUAAAAUUACUUAUAAAUGAUGAACUCAAAUGUUCUGCUUAGUGACUGUGAAUUUAUUGUCAUUCAAGAAUAUGAUUAGGCAGCAUUUUAUAAUAUUACAAAUUAUUUCCUCUGAUAAUAGUUGUAGGUCUAAGGUUCUGGACAUUUUAUAUGUUAUGUAUUGUUAAUUUGUUAAUUACUCCUGGAGUGCCAGUUGAAUACCAUGCAUCAAAAUGGCAUGGUUACUUGACCCCUGUUUUCCUUUCCCAGCUGCAAAUAAUUUUUGUGUUUAAUUUCAUUGGCCUUAUGUUCUCCCUUUCCUGUGUUGUGUGUGUACUGUUUUUCAGGAACCGCCAAGGGAUACCAAGUACUUCAAUGCUACUUGAUUAUUUUCAGGAUUUUGUGGGUUCUUAAAAGAUGAAGUAAAAAUGGCAUUAAAAGGCAAAGAAAGAAAUUAUGCAGAAAAGAAACAAAAAAAUGUAAAAGGAGUCUGUAAUUUGAUUCUGGUGUAAAAGAAUAUCUCAAUAAAGAUAUACCGUAGGAA